UAGACUAAGUCGCAAGUGUAGCAUCAAGAUCAAGACCGCCGUCGUCGACCCCUUCCGACCUCAAGAAACCCACCAUGGCACGAGGACCCAAAAAACACUUGAAGCGCCUUGCUGCACCCUCUUCAUGGAUGCUUGACAAAUUGAGCGGAACUUAUGCUCCUCGUCCUUCUCCUGGUCCCCAUAAAUUACGCGAAUGCCUUCCUCUCACCAUUUUUCUUCGUAAUAGGUUGAAGUAUGCAUUGACUGGUCGCGAGGUUACUUCCAUCGUCAAACAACGUUUGAUCAAAGUUGAUGGUAAAGUCAGGACCGAUGCCACUUACCCUACUGGUUUCAUGGACACUAUUUCUAUUGAAAAGUCUGGCGAGCACUUCCGCUUGCUCUAUGACGUAAAGGGCCGUUUCACAAUUCAUCGGAUCACAGCCGAGGAAGCUUCCUACAAGCUUCUUAAGGUGCGCAAAGUCGCUCUUGGUGCUAAGGGCGUUCCCCAUGUCGUCACCCACGAUGGUCGUACAAUCCGUUACCCAGACCCUCUGAUCAAAGUCAAUGACACCAUCAAAUUUGACCUGGAACAGGGAAAAAUCAUCGACUUCGUUAAGUUUGACACUGGAAAUAUUGUCAUGAUCACUGGCGGGCGUAACAUGGGUCGUGCUGGAGUUAUCGUGCAUAGAGAGAAGCACAUCGGUGGUUUCGAUAUCGUGCACGUGAAAGACUCGCUGGACCGGACGUUUGCCACACGUAUCUCCAAUAUCUUCGUCAUCGGUGAAGGUACAAAACCAUGGAUAUCCCUACCCAAGGGUAAGGGUACCAAACUCACUAUUUCCGAGGAGAGAGAUGUCAGGAGGAGACAGCGAGCUGCUGAGCAAUAGGUCUAACGCUGUUCGCUUCAUCUUAGUAUUCAUGUAUCAUACCAUGCCAUGUAUGCUUUUUUCAUGAUGCUUUAAAAUGCUUACAUGAUGAUAGUGGCUGUAAAUCCACUACGGUCUAAUCAAAUGAUGAUUGAGCCUCGCUAAAUGCCCACGAUUAGUAUAGCAAACUACCAAUAGUCGAGUCCUCUAUACUCCACAAUGAUAUCUGAUGGCCUCUUCUUCUUCUCCACUUCCCAAUGCUGGACCCAUUUGUUUAUCUUAGCUCUCGAAGACUCACUACCAACGUUUACUGUUGCUAUUAUCUUUGCCCAAUCGAGUGAAAGUGCAAAACAUGUAAGCUCGAAAAAUGAGCUGUGCUCCGAGUAAGGGACGCCAUAUAGUUGAAUGACAUGGGAAGAUUUCUGCAUGGGUUUUAGAUUUGAGAAAGUGAAGGGUCGGUGUUGCGAGGCUGAUAUAACGGUAGAUAUCGGAGGACAUGGAUUACUGCCUACUGGAGCUGUAUAAGUCCACCCAGUGGGUCGGAAUCCAACAAUACGACAGUACGUUCCCUUGAAGCGUUCCAAAUAUAUCUUGAGCUUAUCGGAUACAAUCAUACCGAGAGGAAGCAGAUGGACUUUGCCUUCGAUGGGAUCAGAAGUUAACAUAUCAUGAAGCUCAGAAUCAUUUUGGCAGCGAAGGAUAGCAGCUUUUCGAGCGUCACAAUAAAUUUUUGUUUGAAGAACUCUUGCGAUAGCUUUAACAAUCCGCUCCUUGCCUAUGGAGUAAGUGCCAACUACCACCAAAACUCCUCCCUCUUUGAGAUGUUGAGUGGACUCGGGCUUGACGUGCGCUACCCAAUCAUCCAUGGUAGAUGUACCAUUUCCUUGCGAGCGGAAAGUACCAGACGAUGACUGUGAGCUAAUCUUUUGAGCGAGUUCUGCACAAGCAGAAAUGACGAGUGAUUGAGGGGGAAAGGUAUACUUUGGAUCGAGGUAAGUGGUAUCGAGAUAAACAUGAUCCAUCCUUUUAUUCUUCACCGAAGGGUGAAGCACGUGGCGAGGAGAUGCACGAAAAUCGCCGCAAUGAAGAUACCGAAAUGUUUUUGAUGAGCCUACAAAUCGGGACUUAUAUGCACUACCACCUGCAUCUACUGUCUGAAGUCCCUCGAAAAGGAACAGGCAGGAACCUGGGCAGUGAUUUGCUUCAAUCAAUGUAACAGAAACACCACCCGUAUUGGGUAUGAUUGUUGGUACAUCCAUGGGAAGGGGGUGUACCCAUCGAGGAUCAAUAGAGAGCAUGUGAGUAAUGAGCUUCGCAGUCACGU